UGCAUUGUGCAGUCUCCCGCUCUUCCGUUUCUCUCCAAAGGGCUCAGCUCAGGUUCCGUGUUCUCACUCAAAGCGAAGAAGAAGAAGGAAGUGGAGGUCGGGCAGAGAGAAAAUGGCGAAGACGGUGACCCCAGAUGCGAUAUCCAUCAUAAGGUCGAACCCGACACCGGAUUCUUCAGGCGACGUCCCGGAGCUCGUCGUUCAAGUUCUUGACCUCAAGGCCACCGGGAAUCGCAAUCGCUUCAUGUUCACAGCAAAUGAUGGGAAGAUGAAGCUGAAAGGGAUUCUUCCAGCAAACAUUGAAUCUGAGGUCCUUUCAGGAAAAAUUCAGAACUUGGGUCUCAUUCGUAUCCUUGACUAUACCCUGAAUGAUAUCCCGAACAAGCAAGACAAGUACCUGGUUGUUCUCAAAUGCGAAGCUGUUUCUCCUGCACUGGAGACGGAAGUGACGAGUGAGGAAGGUCAAGAGGGGACUAACAUUGCAAAAAGGCCAAAGCUAGAGACUGAUGCCGAUGUGAAAAGCGAGGCAAGUGGCUUAAUUUUGAAGCCAAAGCAAGAUUGUGAAGCAGAAAGUCAAGUCAAAAGAGAAGGUGCUGGCAUCAUUCUGAAGCCCAAGCAAGAGAUAGUUUCAAAGUCAGCUGCCCAGAUUGUACAUGAGCAACAUAGGAAUAUGGCACCGGCUGCACGACUGGCCAUGACAAGAAGAGUUCAUCCCCUUGUCUCAUUGAAUCCUUACCAAGGGAAUUGGACAAUAAAGGUCAGGGUCACUAACAAGGGAAGCAUGCGUACCUACAGAAAUGCUAGAGGAGAAGGCUGUGUCUUCAAUGUGGAGUUAACAGAUGAAGACGGAACACAAAUUCAAGCUACAAUGUUCAAGGAAGCUGCUAAGAAGUUCUAUGACAAGCUUGAAAUGGGAAAGGUCUAUUACAUAUCGAAAGGGACUCUCAAAGUGGCGAACAAGCAGUUCAAGACAGUCCAGAAUGAUUAUGAGAUGACCCUGAAUGAGUAUUCUGAGGUGGAAGAGGCUAGGAAUGAAGAAACUUUUAUUCCUGAGACAAAGUUCAAUGUCGUUCCAAUUGAUAUGUUGGGUUCCUAUGUCGAUGGGAAAGAUCUUGUUGAUAUCGUUGGAGUUGUUCAGAGUGUCUCCCCAACAAUGAGCAUCCGAAGGAAGACCAACAAUGAGACUAUCCCAAAGCGGGAUAUAGUAGUUGCAGAUGAGACGAAGAAGAUGGUUGUUGUUUCUUUGUGGAAUGACCUAGCAACUGGUGUAGGCCAAGAAUUACUCGAUAUUGUUGAUCAAUCGCCUAUUGUUGCUAUAAAGUCUCUCAAAGUAGGAGAUUUUCAGGGUGUAUCUCUGUCUACACUCAGCCGAAGUGUAGUGAUGGUGAAUCCAGAUAUAGCUGAGGCAAAGAAGCUCAGAAGCUGGUUUGACUCUGAAGGUAAAGGCACUUCAAUGGCUCCGGUUGGUUCUGGUGUGAUUGCCCCUGGAAGGGGUGGAGCAAGGUCAAUGUAUUCUGAUAGGGUCUUCAUUUCUCAUAUAACUGGCAACCAAUCAGUGGGAGAGGACAAGCCUGCUUAUUUCAACAUUCGGGCGUUCAUCACUUUCAUCAAGCCUGAUCAACCAAUGUGGUAUAGAGCAUGCAAGACCUGCAACAAGAAAGUUACUGAAGCUAUUGGUUCGGGAUUUUGGUGCGAAGGGUGCCAGAAAAAUGACGAAUCUUGCAGUCUCAGGUAUAUAAUGGCACUGAAGGUAACAGAUGCAAGUGGCGAUGCGUGGCUCUCAACCUUCAAUGAAGAAGCUGAGAAUAUAAUUGGGUGCUCUGCUGACGAGCUCGAUCAACUGAAAUCACAGGAUUCUGAGGAUAACCAGUACCUGAUGACACUAAAGCAGGCUACUUGGGUACCUCGUCUGUUCCGAGUUAGUGUUGCGCUGCAUGAGUACAAUAAUGAGAGACGGCAGAGGAUUACGGUGAGGGCUGUUACUCCUGUCGACUUUGUUGCUGAGUCGAGGUACUUGCUCGAGGAGAUAUCCAAGAUGAAGGUCUCAGAGUAGGGCUUUGCUGCUGAUAUUUCUGUACCUACAUCUACAUGUUCGCUUAGAAAGGGCAAUUUAAACUUUUAUCUGACUUCAUCGUUUAGGAAAGCAUGCCGUCUUUUGAAUAUAGGGACAAGACAACAUUAGUAGGAACCUUUAUCCCACCUCGGCUUGUAAAUUUAUCCCUUCAGGCUUUUGAUUUAAUACAAGGUUGGUUCAUUUAUUUC